AUGUCACAAUUUAGUAAAUAAUGGAUGUAAAGUGUUUAUUAUUUUUAUUUUGUAAAUUGUGAUACUAUUUAUAACAAAAUGGAAGAGCCAGUGAGUAAUGUAAGACAGAGUACUCGCAAUUUGUUGAAACUGAGUCGCCGGUUGCACCGAGAUGAAGAAAAUGAUCUAAGACGUUCCUUAAAAGCCACAAGCAUAACAUCAGAAGACAUUGCCAGAAUAGCAAGUAAAUUAAAAACAAAAUCUGCAGUCACAGUAGCUGAACUGAGAACUUUGGAGAAUGGUCUUAUGGAUGAUGCGAAACACAUUCAAGUAUUCCUCAGUGUACAUGGGUCUUUGAGGGGCCUUGUCAGAGAAUUAACAGGUGUUCAUGCAGACAAGCAGUGUGCAGCUGCUGCGUGCUGCUGCAACUUGGCGCUGGGCGAUGUCCGCACUUGCACCACACUGGCUAAGGCUGCCGGCUCGUAUUUGGUGGCAGCUUUGGACAACCUGAUGCUUGAACUUGCUGUGACAUGCGCGUGGACGCUGGGAAACUUGGCUGGAUCUGGUGACAAAGUGAGCCACAUUCUCACAGCUCAAGGGGCACUUUCAAAGCUAAGUGAUCACCACACCAGUGAGGAGAUGCAGGAUGCAGCAGUGUAUGCUUUGUUGCAUUUCACUCAACAGAUGAAAGAUGACCUGAAGGAGGAUCACCUUCAAUUGAUAUUAAAUGCUUUAUCAAAGUUAGAACUCACUGCAAGUUCAUCACAACUCCUAUUCAUAUUGUCGUGUCAUGACCAUUUUGUUCAAAAUAUGUCCCAGGAAUUACUAGGAAAAGUCCUCACACACCUACCAAAUGUAAUAGAUAUGCAUAACAAACAGACAAAAAUAUGUUACGAUUUAAUUUAUAUAGUUAGAGUUUUAGCCAACUGUGAUAGUAAGUAUGAAAUCAUUUUAAAUUAUUGUGUAUGUAACAACAUUUUCAAUGAUCUCAAAUAUAUUUUGAGUAGGAAAAAUUUGGUUGUGAACGACUCUUUAUUAUGGUUAAUAGGCAAUCUCUACAUGUGUUGUGGUGAUGAUAAUUUGUUUUUGAAGUUGUUAACAUAGUUAUUAACAUUAAUUAAACAUUUUCUACUAA